CUCCUCAUCUUUUCGACAUCAGUCCUUCAAACCAUUCCAGUCACGCCCCCUUAGAGUUGGGGCAAGCGGCCUUUCGAGAGAACCAGCAAUCAAUCAUACGCUGUUCCCUCCGCUGCUGUUUUGUUUGCAGCCUCAUCCUUCCGUGUUGCUCCCCUGAGAGGGCCCUCCACGCCCGCCCUUGAUACGGCUCCGCAAAAGCUAUCAACACCAUCUAUCCUUUUUUGAUCUAUCUGUCUAACACUUGUGCUAUUUUAUCGUUUCGUGAGGUGCAGGCUGUGUUUCCCCUCAUAUUCCCGUCCUUCUGUAUUCAUCGAAAAGCAUCUCCAAACGAGAAGAAGUGACUUUCGACGCACGGCCUCCGAUAAAUCGCCAAAAUGGGGUGUGGAAUGAGCACUGAGGAUAAGGAGGGCAAGGCCCGGAACGAGGAGAUCGAGAAUCAAUUGAAGCGAGACAAAAUGAUGCAGAGGAACGAAAUCAAGAUGCUCUUGCUUGGUGCUGGUGAAUCUGGGAAGUCGACCAUCCUGAAGCAGAUGAAGCUUAUCCAUGAGGGGUCUUAUUCUCGAGAUGAAAGGGAAUCAUUCAAGGAAAUCAUUUUCAGCAACACCGUCCAGUCAAUGCGCGUUAUCCUCGAAGCCAUGGAAAGCCUCGAGCUCCCACUAGACGAUCUGCGCGCCGAAUACCAUGUUCAGACGAUUUUUGUGCAGCCAGCCCAAAUUGAAGGAGACUGCCUACCUCCUGAGGUUGGCGCCGCCAUUGAGGCUCUGUGGAAAGAUGCGGGUGUACAAGAAUGUUUCCGAAGAUCGCGAGAGUAUCAGCUGAAUGACUCGGCAAGAUAUUACUUCGACUCCAUCGGACGUAUUAUGCAGCCGGAUUACUUGCCCAGCGAUCAAGACGUGUUGCGAUCUCGUGUUAAAACCACCGGUAUCACUGAAACAACAUUCAUUAUUGGCGACCUCACCUACAGGAUGUUUGAUGUCGGUGGCCAGCGGUCUGAACGCAAGAAGUGGAUUCACUGCUUCGAAAAUGUGACGACGAUCCUUUUCCUUGUCGCUAUCUCUGAAUACGACCAAUUGCUCUUUGAAGACGAAACGGUGAACCGGAUGCAAGAAGCCCUCACACUUUUCGACUCCAUUUGCAAUUCUCGGUGGUUUACCAAAACGUCGAUUAUUCUUUUCUUAAACAAGAUCGACCGAUUCAAGGAAAAACUUCCCGUCAGUCCCAUGAAGAACUACUUCCCUGAUUAUGAAGGAGGCGCUGAUUAUGCGGCUGCUUGCGACUAUAUCCUUAACCGCUUCGUCUCUCUCAAUCAAGCCGAACAGAAGCAAAUUUACACCCAUUUCACAUGUGCCACGGAUACAACUCAAAUUCGAUUUGUUAUGGCUGCAGUAAACGAUAUCAUUAUCCAAGAAAACCUUCGACUCUGUGGUCUGAUAUAGAGAGAUGCCUGUUUUCGUCAUCAUGCGACAUGCAGAACCCCAGUUUCGUUGCCUUUCACAUGAUUUGUAUUUGAUAUCAAUUACGUGCCUCUCUUGUUUUUCUCACUGACUCCCUCUGACACCUCACUUCCUUUGCAUUUACUGGCUUUUUGUACAGUCCUGCGAUCUGAUAUGCCCUUUCAUGCAUCCAGACAUCGCAAAUGAUCCCCUUUGAUAUCCAAGACAGAUAUUCACUUUCUUAUUUCAGCAAACGCGCCUCAAAUUUCAUUAUCAUUCGGAGUCCCUCGUUAAGUCCACUUUAGCUUGAAAUGCUGGGUUACAUUGAACUUCUUGCUUAAUGUUUAUUUAAUCUUUUCACAGGGACUGAUAUUUUGCACUUACUUUCUAUUAUCCCCCCUUUUUUUCUGCCUUUUACUCCUAAGUUUUCUUUUGGAAUUUGACGAGGCUUGUCUUUCUUAUUACGGAUCUCCUUGUAUUUGUGUCUUGUGCCUAACUUCCAUGUCUCCUAUUUCCUUUUAUAAAUUCCCCAUAUUUUUCUAACUGUUGCGCUCAUGUACUCGUCGAAAUGUCUCGUAUGUCGGUCGGAUAGUGGAGCGGGAGGAAUAACCAUCGAUGCCUGGCGAAGU